CUCGACUGGAACACCUUCUUUGCCCUACGCAAGACACGAAGGCGAUACCAGCAGGCAUGCAGCAUAGUCACCAUGAUGAUCGGCGGAAGCUUGGCAGGACUCGUUCUCAUCAACAUCGACGUAGACUUCCUCGGCAAACUGCCCCUCGACCCGUUCAUCACCUUGGGUUUGAUCACCAUGAGCUCUGCUGCCCUGGGCUGGUUGGCCGGCCCAAGUCUCGGCUCCACCAUCUUUUACAUCGCCAAGAGGGGAGUCAAGACCCCCAUGGCCAACAAGGAGGUCGAGUUCUUUGGCAGGAUCAAGAAGAACCGCGUGGACCCCAGCGUCAGCUCCGUCGGAAACCCUGUGCCCGAUUACUAUGGCGAGAAGAUCUCCAGUGUCGCUGGAUACAGACAAUGGCUCAAGGACCAGAGAGCCUUCAACAAGAAGCGUACCAGCUUCCUCUAA